AAGUCCACAUAAUGCUCUUCUUCAGCACCGGGAACAGUAGGCCAGCCUGCGGAGCUCUUCCGGAGGCGGAUAAUCCCCAUCUCCAUACAGUCCAAAUGCAAUAAGGAAGGAAUUGCUAUAACUCACCUCAAGGGAAACACGUUUUGGAGGCAAACAAGUUACCACCUAGAAGUCCACCAUUUGGAGACGCUUGCACGAGGAGGAAGAUGGAUAUUUGCGUUUCGCAUUAUUGUGUAAAUAGCCUAAACUAACAGUGAUAAGCCGAUGCUCUAUAAUGUGACAGCUGCUGUCGCAUUUCAUCUAGUUUGGAGAAGCUACUGAAAGAACAUCCAGCUUGCAUUUUUUUGUUUUUAUAAUUUCAGCACCAUGGUGGCAUACAAUCUGGUUUUAACUUUUAUUAUCGCGGCUCUUUGGCUUGUCAGUGGCGAACUACAAACUCAUUCUUCACCCGCGACGCAGUUAAAUUCAACAUCAUCAUCAUCAUCCAUCAUCAGCGAAGAUGAACUGACACAUAAUGUCACAGAUGCCGCCGUGGGAUCCCGGAUUUCAUCUAUAAUAACGUAUCUUCCAACUCUAAAAAACAUUGUUAUUUUCAUCUGCGUGUUAACAGCUGCUCUCAUCACAUGCCUAGUCAUCAAAGUGGUCAGAUCUGGGAGACGAAUCAGGAAAACACGAAAAUAUGACAUUAUAACAACACCUGCGGAGCGUGUGGAGAUGGCCCCUCUUAAUGAGGAGAACGAUGAUGAGGAUGACUCAACCCUCUUUGAUGUCAAAUACAGGUGAAUCCCAGCAUGGACAUCAAUAUUCAAUAUCUCCUGUUCUGCCCGGGACAUCUCAAGUGAUUUCUUAUAUCUUUAUGCUGUUCAAGUCUUAUCAGAUCAGCAACUUCUAAUGCUGCUUGUGCAUGGCUUUUACCUGUGUUUAAAGGACUGGAGCCGUAUGGAUAUCAUUGUUUGCUGCUUAGCUUACGCUUCUAUCAUGUGGCACAAAAAACUUGCACAAUUGUUUCUGAUGUUGAAGAUCAGCAUGCUUUAUAUUGUGACUUCUUCUCAAAAGUCAUUCAGUAAUCAGGCUGUUAAAGACUACACGUUCAAUUGUCUUCAAAACAUUACAUGGAAAUUAUUAUUUUUUUUUUUUUUUUAUACAUUUUCUGAGUUUAAAGGAGGAACCAAUGCCGGCUUUAAAGCUAUGAUCUUCUCAUAUUAAAACUAAAGACAGUCAGUCAGUUAAUGCAUACAAUGUUAACAUACAAAAAAUAUUGCGCAGAAUUACUUUUAGAUGUAAAAAAAAAUGGCACACUGAAGAAUCUAUUGAUAUUUUUAAUUAAACUUUCAUACCAAAUAUAUUUCUAUCUACUAACCACUUUAUUGUGCAUAUAUACUGUCGAAGGCAGUCUAUCCUUAUCUAUGGAGUAAGUGUAUAUUUUUUUACCGUGUGUUGUUGUAGACGUUCCUGUUUUGCUGCUAUCUCAGCUGAAGUUCUACAUUUUUCAGGUUCAAAUUUGGUUAAAAUCUCAAAUAAUAUAGUGAGGUUAUAUUUGUACGGUGUUUAUGGAAUACAUCUAUUUGCUAUGAAUGUGAAUGCUGUAAUCUGUUGUGAUCGGGUGUGUUAAUUAAUUCACAAUGUCAUUGUAUCAAGUAACCACUGAACAAUAUCAACAACAGGUUGGCAGUGAUGUAGUUUCAGUAUUUAACAUGUUGGACAUGCACCCAGUGUCUUAUUUUCUAAAUCAAAACAAUAUUAUGUUGCCAUAUACUGUAAUGUCUAGUUACUCUAUUAAAAAUAAUCCCCAAAAUCGGGUAUCUCUUGUUUGAGAUAGUAGGUAAAGCAGCUAGUAAAGUAUUAUGGAAAGUCUCCCACAUCAAUUUCCAUUAAUGGCUCACUGACUCUUGUGAUAUCUGACUUGAAAAGGACUGAUGAACCUUGAAGAGUUGUUUCUCUGUGACGUACAGAUUCUGGUAAAAACAAAAAAGAAAAGUGUCCCUAUCUUGGUGGAAAUGUGUUGACAUUGUGGGUUUAAAAUGGAGGUUUUACCUCAAACGAUUUGGCCCAUUAGAUAAGUAUUAAAUUACUAAUAAAGACAAUGAAAAUCAUAACUGGUUUGUCAAAUUUGUUAUAUCUUUAAAUCAAAUACUAAAUACAAUAUGAUCAACUGAAAGUCUGGCAUAAAGUACACAAAAGAAAUUGCGGAGGCGUUCACAAACCUUACCCAUGUGUGUCUGCGCUCUGAAUGUAAUUACAGUAAACUAACACCAUUACAGAGUACACCUAUUCGGUUUCUGCAGCAAAUGUGAGCGGCUGAGGUGAUCUUCUGUUUUAAUCUAAACUGUUAUUUGAUUUGUGCACCAUGGCCUACGGCUGCAGCUGUUUCUGAAUGACAAUGGCAAUGCUCAACUUGAACAAAAUUUUCUUUCCAGGAGAAAGAACAUUGUGUAGUUUCCUUUGUUCCAAACACAGUUAUGGCCAUUCAUAGAAGACUAAUAUAUUUACUGUUAGAUACACAAGCCAUAUGGAGUGUAUGUGAAUGUUUUUCAGUCAUAUGUGAAUCAAACUUUUAACCAUAUUUGUGGCAUGUGCUUUUGCAGACUGCUGGCUAUUUCCUGUUUUCCAUCAGACUAUAUGACCACUGUUCAUUUCAGUAUUGAGUCAUGUUUCAUUUUAGUCUUUCACUGUAUGUGCAGAAAACUGCAGAUCCAUGUUUGGCAAGUAUGUCACCCUUGUACAGGUAUCCUCUUCCAUCUUGGCAACAUCUUUUAUUUUAUCUUUAGUUGUGCGUGAAAUAGUGGAAAAACCCUGCUCAUUUAAAGAUGCUAAUUCUGGACUUUUACUAGAACGCAAUCAUCUGCUACAGACAGUUCCUGUUGUAAAAUGAAUCAAAGUCAUUGUGGUAGCUAUUUGAAGACUGUAGCUAAUUUCCCCAAUCCCACAUUUAAAA